AUGACACAAGAAGAAGAAGAUGCCCCCGCACCAGUCAAGGUUUAUGUGUAUGAUCUAUCUCAUGGACUUGCAGCCGUGUAUGCACCUGCAAUACUAGGAAUUCCUCUUGAUGGAAUCUACCACACUUCCACUGUUGUUCAUGGCAAAGAAUAUUAUAUCGACCAAGGAAUAAAGGAAGCAAGUCCGGGAACAACCAAAUACGGCACGCCACGAGAGGUGAUAGAUAUGGGUGAGACCUAUGUCACCAAAGACAUACUUGACGAUUUCUUGCAAGAGCUUCAUGUUAGGGAAGACAAAAAGUACCACGCAAGCAAAUAUGAUCUUUUCGACAAUAAUUGUAACCAUUUCACAGAUACGAUGCUUGAGUUUUUAACUGGUUCCCAUUUGGAAGAUCGUAUUCUAGGGUUGCCACAGCGAGUGUUGGCUUCACCUAAUGGUAUGAUCUUGAGACAGAUGAUAGGAGGUGGUGCUAUAGCCUAG